UCAAAAAUAAUAAACUAAAUAUGCAUAUAUUGGAAUUUACGUUUAAAAUAUUGACAAUCUGCGGUUGCGGGAGACCAGAUUCUUGGACAACACCGUAUAAACGAUUUGUUUAUCACGUAUAUACAGUUUUUAUACUACUACUAAUACACACAUUUAUGCUAUCGCAAUUACUGGAUAUAAUUCUGACUGUGGACAAUUCCGAUGACUUCACCGAUAAUUUUUACAUGUUACUCGCAAUGAUCGUUUCUUGCUGUAAGAUGUUCGCUCUAUUGAUAAAUCGCAGCAAUAUUGAGACGUUAAUUGAUAUUCUUACCAAAAAACCUUUUCAACCGAGUGAGCCUGACGAAGUGGCGAUUCGACAAAAAUACGAAAGACUCAUACAGUCAAACACUCUGCACUAUGUCAUUCUGGUUGAAUCAACGUGUUUAUGUGUUACCAUGACGUCAUUACUGACGGAAUUCAAAAAAGGAAAAUUGACGUUCAGGGCAUGGCUGCCAUUCGACUAUUCCUCGUCAUCACGUUUCCUCUUUGUAUACGCUCAUCAAUUGAUAAGUUUUACAGUUGGAUCUGUUCACCACGUGGCUUGUGACAGUCUCAUAUGUGGAUUACUGGUGCACAUUUGCUGUCAAAUAGAAAUACUGGAAUGCCGUUUAAGAAAAAGCGUGUAUAAUCCAGAAAUUCUUCGCGAGUGUGCUUUUCAGCAUAAUCGUAUAUUCAAGUUUGCUCAAAUGGUGAAUGAUAAAUUUAAAUUCACCAUAUUUAUUCAAUUUGUGGUAAGCACUUUGGUAAUGUGCUUUAAUUUAUAUCAGUUUACCAAAUCGACAGCCUUAAGAGCAAAAUACAUACAAUUAAUAUUAUAUAUGUGCUCUAUGCUUUCACAAAUCUUUUUUUAUUGCUGGUAUGGAAACGAAGUUAAAUUGAGGAGUCGGCAACUGGUCACUAACAUAUUUGAAAUGGAGUGGUUCGAAUUGGACAAUGAUGCUAAAAAAACUUUAUUAACGAUCAUGAGACGCGGUACAGUACCAAUUGAAUUUACCAGCGCCACUGUAAUAUCUAUGAAUCUCGAUUCGUUCGUCGGUUUGUUGAAGACAUCAUAUUCGGCUUAUAAUAUACUUAAGCAAACGCAAGAAUAAUAAUCUUAAUGUGAG